AUGACCUCGUCUGUUCGCUCUCCCAAUUCGCCGGGGCGUCUGGCUCGAGCACCCGUUCCUGCCCAUCGCCAUCCCCAGCCGCCCCCGGUUUCGGAUGAUGAAGAUGACGACUCCGAUGAAGACGAAUUGGCACCCCCGGAUCUUCCGGCAGUGAUGCCUCCUCCAACAAUUCUGCGGCGGGUUACUUCUCCCCUAACCCGCGGUCUGCCUCCGCUACCUCUUCGCCCGCACGCCCGAUGCCUCCAGCCCAGGACUCGUCUGGCCGGCGGCCGUCCGGUCGAGGCCCGUCAGCUGAGCUGCCGCGGAUUCGAUCGAGACACCAUUCGCAAGGCUUCUUUGAGCCGUCCCUACCGACAGCCUCGUCCGACCAGGUGCCGACGGUGUCCGCUUCCCGGAUUGCCGCCCAGGCAGCCAUGCAGCAGACCAAGCGCCCCCAAACCGUUGCUAGCCCACUUGACGAGGGCCCGCGCCCACGCCGGAGUGGAAGCGCCUCCCCCUCCGCUCAUGCCCGCUCCGCUGCGUGUCAACCAGCCAUCGCCAGCCCCUCCCCAGCCCCCACCAGGGAACGUAGCCACAACAGCCGCCAACGUGGUGUUCCCGCGAGCCGGGGCCCAACCGCCACAGCAACAACCCGAGAAACAGAAAAAGAAGAGGCUCUUCUCUAAGCCAAAGCACAUCGGGAUCAGUCGGGACAAAGACCCGUUCAGCAAAGACCGCGGCCUGCCGUCCCCGAGCAAGAUGAGCGGGCUGUCCCGCAUGGUCAGCGCGUCUACCACCACUCUGGCUGAUCUACCAUCCAAUAAUUCUUCCAUGUACAACUUGUCCAAUGCCUCUGUGAGCACGGUUGUGCCCGCCGAUCGACCUCCGGCCCCGGAAAAGGAAAAGGACAAGGACAAGGAUAAACACAAGCACCACUUUCUGUCCCGGCCGAAACUUAAACUCAAAGAUCGCGGCGGCGAUGAUAAUUAUAAUCUGCCGCUGUCAUCAGCUGCAAGUAACUCCCGUCCAGCCGAUCCUAAUGCCCCCCAGUCUCUUUACUCUUUUACCGGCCCUGCAACUCCGGCCCCCGGGACGGCCUUUGGCAAAUCCGUCAGCGGGCUGGACAUCCUGCAUGGCGGGCGGGCCCUCCGUGAGAAGAAGAAGGAGGAAAAGGCACUGGCAGAAUCUGAGCAGAUGGAAUGGCUGGCCUAUUCUAACGGCGGCGUCCCAACGCCGGGCGCGACGGGUCCUUCUUCGCUAGGCAAUCCAGGAGGUCCCUUGGGCGAGGCUCUACUGCGCGAGACAUUGCAGGGAUUUGGGCUGAACAACAUGAGCCCGGAAGACGCGUGGGACUUUCUCAAGGCAAAACUGCUCGUUAUCUUCGACGGCGAGGAUGUACGGAUUGCGAUUGAAGACCUCAACAAGCUCGUCCUGGUACAUCUGCAGCGCUGUGUGCAAAAACGUGACCCCACUACUGUUAUCACCGACUUACAAGAACUUCUCGAAACCGGAUUCGCUACGUUGAACCACAGCUCCUUGAUGGGUAUCCUAGACGAGAAACUGAUACCGCAUCUGGUACAGAUCUGGAUGUUGGUGUUCGGCACGAUCCUACCCUUCAUUCAAGCCGUAUUCCUGCCGCUGGACCUCGAGUUCAAAGGAUGCGGGUCUCUAAUGACCAGCCGCGAGGCCCAAGAAUUCUGGGGUGCGCUGCCAGUAGGCGGGUCCUUGGAAGUACGCAAUCUGGUAUUGAUGGCUUUCCGGGACCGGAUUAUCCUCAAUCGCUACGACACCUUGAAGGCGACGUUCUCUCGGCUUAGUCUCGACAGCAUUAACUCUGGUUUCCCCACGCUCAGCGUCACAGCCAAAAGCACCGGCACCGGUGGCCGCCCGGGCACCGCCGCGUCUCUGGACGCCGGCCCCGGCAGCUACACCUCACAAUUUUCGACCCUUCUCAACACCGGGUUUACAGACACCGACUCAAUGAGCGGUCUCGCACAACACCCGCGACCCCCGAGCAGCGACUCCCGCAGCCGCGCCACCUCCAACACCUCGUCCAACCCAGACCCACUCAUAUUUCAGUCUGUCUCCUCGCCCCCGACCUCUCACCAACGGCCUACAAUCAUCCACCGCGGCGGCACACCGGAUGUGUCGCACGUCAUCACCGAAACAGUUGGCCGCAUGCUGCAGUGUGUCAGCGUCCUGGCCAGCGUGCAGACAGAUGAUCCCGCCCAGGAGAGGAUCGAAGUACUCAGCAAAGCCCUGAAACACAAUUGGCUCGGCCGCGGCCGCACUGGCCGUGACCGUCGUGGGUUUGUUGGAGCCAAGAUCCGGCCUGUGAUGGUUGGCGGCCCGCCCGCCAUCGAUGACACCGAGUCCCUGACCACUGCGGGAAUUAGUAUUGGUGCGAGCACUAGUGCCAGCGAAUCUCGAGCCCGCGGAGACUCGUCCUCGUCGGAGUGGAGCUCGGGGCUGCCGCCUGGAAUGGGGAUGAGUGUGCGGAGCGGAGGUCGCCGCGAGCUGAGUGUGCUAUGA